AAUGUUUUUUUGCAUCGAAUUGGGAUGUCUUUUACUUCUGAUCUUCCUCUUCCAUUAGUCCAUGAGGUCAUUUUGCGUCUUGAUUUUUUCCCAUUGUUUCUUUUAUUUAAUGAAAAGCCAGCUAUAGCCUAUAGCUAUGCAAGAGAAGGCAUUAUUAUUGAUAUUAUUAUUUUUUAUUUGGUGUUGGGUGUUGUUUUUGUCCAUGUUUCUUUUACUAAAGGAAAGGCAGCUAUUCACGAGGAAGGCAAUUAGCUGCACUUUCAAUACUGCAAAAUUCAAGAAUACAACAAACUUAGUUUACUAUCAACUGAAUUGCCUGCUAAAUGAUCGUUGCAAAUUUAGUUCAUGCGGCGUAGCCGUGGGUAUUGAUUCUAGUAUCAAAUAUAAUUUAUCCUAUUCACUAAGGAACUGUUUGGAGGUUGAGAUUCUCCAAAUUGAUGCAUUUAAUCAAUUUGUAUAUUAUCAUUUAAUGAUUGCAUUAGAAAAAUACAGAGGUUUAGAUUGUGAUUUUGUUGUAAAUAAAAAAAGUACCCUUUUGACUUUUGAGGUUCAAUGACUUUAUAACCCUUCAUUUACUAAUAUCUUUUGUCCUUCAUAUCUUUUGUCUCCCUAGGAUAAAGAGAAGCUUCUUUGUGGGAAUUUCUUCGGCUGCCCCAAACAAAGUCCAGAACAGGUAAUUUCUUUGGCUAUUCUGGCGGCUUGUGCGAUUGAUCUUUGUGGUAAUAGAUUCAAAUGAUUGGAUUUUGAGUAAGGAUGAAUGAUUUUGUUCGUGUUAUUAUAGUGGGAGUAGCUUCAUCUCCCUCGUUGGCGGCUUCGAGCAUGUUGUUCUCUCUCCAUCAGUCACCAGCAACGCUAUCAUCAUCCGUGGAGAGCCAGCUCGUCGAAGGGAGGAGUGGAGAGUUGUUCUGCUUUCAGUAUGCUUCUCUAGAACUUUCUAGUGAGAGGAGAGACGUUGUUGAUGUAAGCGUUAUUAGAUAAAGCAAAGGUAUAAGGGACAAAGAUGUAAUAAAAAAAUUGACAGAGAAUCCCUUUGAAAAUCCCUACUUUAUUUCGAUAGUUAGGGGUCGUUUGGAAGUUGUGAUUGUUUAAUAGAUGUAUUUUUGAGAAUGCAUGUAUAAUAUUAUACAUGUAUUGUCGAAUUUGAUGCAUUGUAGAAUACAACGUUUGGUAUGUGUGAUUGUGUAUGUCGCAUCAGCUAAAAAUUGAGACAAAACAAUCUCAACUCAACUAUCUCAACAAUCACAACUAAAAGUUGAGAUAUAACAAUCACUCAAAAUGAGUGAUAGUUUCUGUCACAUCAUAGAAACAAUCCAUGUACUGUUUCUGCUAAAAAAACAAAAAAACGAUGCAUUGUAAACAAUACAUGCAUAAUGACAAUCUCAACAAAACAAUUGCAACUUCCAAACGACCCCUUAAUGCCUCAAUUUUAAGUGAUAGUGGUGGGCAGUGGCAGAGCUAGUACAUACCAAGGUGUGUCCCGGGAUCCACCUUGACUCGGGAGAUACUAUGUAUGUGUAAAUACAAUAGUUACAUGUCCUUGAGAAUUUUCACCUAAAAUUCGUCAAUAUUUCUACCAUCAAACAAUAAUUAAAUAAUGAAUUUAGCUAUCACAUUAUAUAUAAUACAUUCUAGUUUCUACAUAAAUAAUAGUGUAAAUACAAUAUAUUAGUCAAAACUAUGAAGCAACGGGAAAUAAUAGCUACAAUUAGGGCUGGAAGUUUGGUACCAGUAUUUGGGAUAUACCGAAUACCGUACCGAAUUUGUCUAUAUUUGGUAUUACCGAAUACACGUAUUAUUUUGAGGGAUUGGGAUUGGGAUUGAUUUUCAAUUGUUAUUCGGUAUUAGGGAUUACGGGACUAGACUACAAUGGCCGCUACUUCCUCGUCGACGAGAAGGAGCAAAGGGAGGCAAGUAACAUCGAAGGUAGCUGGCGACAAGAGGAAGCAGGGGGAAGGUCGGCAUCUUUCAAAAAAAAAAGGGAAGGUCGGUAGUGUCGUCGGCCUUCUUCAACGACGAAGGGCGACCAUUCAAAAGAUCUUGAUAGUGGUGGAUUUUGAAAUUCCCAUUAUAGGAACCCUAAUCUUUCCGUCUAGAAAUUCCUAAUAUGCCAAUCAUAAUCGCUUCAUUUGUUUUUAGGGUUCUACUUCGAGUAAUGGUCGUUGAAAAAGUAGACACCGCCAUUAACGAACUCCAAAACUCCCAUAAACUUUUCAUCUCCCUCCCCGACGGCGGGGAGAAUAUCCCAAGCCUGUCGCUUCACCAACUAUGCGUUGCCCACGACGAGUUGGGCAGCGACUGGGGCUCAACGUCGAGGGGCACCUGUUCGGAUUCACCACGCGCUCGACGACGUCAUCUCCCUCAUGUCGAUGCUGCUCGCCGACUGAUGUAAGUCAGAGAAUGAAUGAGAGGAGGAAGAAUUGGGCAGUGCAACGGAGGUUGGAAGAGAAAGGGGAUAAGAAGACCUCGAUAGUGAGAAUAGGAAGGGGAUAAGAAUUCUCUAUUCUAUUUUUUUUAGUUUUUAAAAUGAUAAAGAAAAAUAAAAAUUUAUU